UUUUUUUCUUAAUUUUUAUUAUAAGAUGGAAUAUAUUAUACAUGAUUAGAGAUAAUAAAAUUGAUAAUUAUUAUUUUUAUAUGAUGUGUUUAUGAUGAUAUUAUAUUUAAUAAUUUUUGUGUUGAAUCUUUUAUUUAUGUUUAGAAUUCGAAAUAAAAACAACUUUGAUUGAACUUUGAUUGAAAAAAACCAAAGAUAAUAUACUUGAAUGUAUAUAAAUUUAAUGUUUUUUUUAAUAUUGUACAAUAUGAAAAAUAAUAAUAUGAUUAUACAAUAGAAAUUAUAUAAGUAAUUAAAUUUAAUUAUUUUUGAGUUUAUUGAAUUCAUAAAAUUAUAUAUAUUUUUCUUUAUAAUUUAUAACUGAUGAUAUGGCAGAAGCACAUUCAGCUGUAGCAUUUAGUUUUUCUAUUACUCAUGAGGGAUGGGAUGUUAAUUUUGAUAGAGAAGUGUUACAUUUAGUAUGGCAAUCAGGUAUCCGUUCUUGGAAGAAAAGAUUUUUUAGAUUUGUUAACAAUUUGAGAAGUGGUGUAUAUCCUGCUUCUUUAGAAAGUUUAUGGUUUACUAUAGCUGUAGUGACUGCUAUACAUUUUGCUGGUUUUAAAGUACCUUAUGAUCUUGUUGGAAAAACUGCACCAUAUCUUUCAGCAUCUUCAGUAUUGGCUCAUUUAGCAGGAUCUUUUAUAAUUGGAUUGCUUUUAUGGUUGAUAGUAAUAUAUGUAAUUCGAUAUACUUUUAAAUUGUUACUUAUGUACAAAGGAUGGAUGUAUGAAUCAAGAGAGAAAGGAUGUAGUGCAUCGAGGAUCACUAAAACAUGGACCACAUUAGUGAAAUUGUUCUUUGGGUGGCAUAAACCAAUGCUUUAUAGUUUCCAAGGAUCAUUGCCACGACUACCAUUACCCUCAGUAGUAGAUACAAUGAAGCGGUACCUACGAAGUGUUCGACCAUUGCUCGAUGAUGAAAAUUAUGCUCGUAUGGAGACAUUAGCUAAUGAAUUUCAAAAAGGAAUUGGUGUGAAACUUCAGCGAUAUUUAAUUUUAAAGUCUUGGUGGGCUACUAAUUAUGUUUCUGAUUGGUGGGAAGAAUAUGUGUAUUUACGUGGACGAUCUCCUAUUAUGGUUAAUUCAAAUUUUUAUGGUAUCGAUGCUAUUCUUAUGUAUCCUACUAAUGUACAAGUUGCCCGUGCUGCAAAUGUUAUUUAUUCGUGUUUACAAUAUCGACGGCUCAUUGAACGACAAGAAUUAGAACCGAUAUUAAUUCAAGGAUUGGUGCCUCUUUGUUCAUGGCAAUAUGAAAGGGUAUUUAAUACUACAAGAAUACCAGGACGUGAAACAGAUAAAAUUGUACAUUAUCAAGAUUCUAAACAUAUUGUUGUAUAUCAUAAAGGAAAAUAUUUUAAAGUUCCUAUUUAUCACAAAAAUAGAAUUCUUCAACCUUCUGAAAUUGAAAUACAAAUGCAACAAAUUUUAAAUGAUAAAUCAAUACCAUCAGAUGGCGAAGAAAAAUUGGCUGCUUUAACAGCUAGUGAAAGAACUGCAUGGGCAAUAGCUAGAGAAGAAUUUUUCUCAAAGGGAAUGAAUAAGGCAUCAUUAGAUCUUAUUGAAAAAGCUGCAUUUAUAGUUGUAUUGGAUGAUAUACCAUACAUAUAUGAUCCAGAAGAUCCAGAUAAAUUAGAUGAAUAUGGUCGAAUUUUAUUGCAUGGUAAAGGAUAUGAUAGAUGGUUUGAUAAAUCGUUCACUCUGUGCAUAGGUAACAAUGGCAGAAUUGGCUUUAAUGCAGAACAUUCAUGGGCAGAUGCUGCAGUGAUGUCACAUUUGUGGGAAUACGUGAUAUGUCAGGAAGUCAACAAUAGAAAGGCUGAUGCUCCUAUUAUGGGAUCUCUAUGGGAAUAUGUUAUCGCUAAAGACAUGGAAAUAGGAUACAAAGAAGAUGGUUAUAAUAAAGGAGAACCAGAAUUUAUACCUCCAUCUCCUGUACGCCUUCAAUGGGAUUUAACUCCAAAUUGCAUAGCUGCUAUUGAAGAAUCAAAUCAAGUUGCACAAAAUUUAUUAAAUGACGUUGAAUUACGUAUUUACGUACAUAAUGCAUAUGGUAAAGGUUUUAUGAAGAUUAAUUCAAUGUCACCGGAUGCAUAUAUACAAAUGGCUUUACAAUUAGCUUAUUUUCGUGAUGCUGGUAAAUUUAAUUUAACUUAUGAAGCUUCUAUGACAAGACUAUUUCGAGAAGGAAGAACAGAAACAGUAAGACCAUGCACAAUUGAAUCUACAAAUUGGGUAAAAGCAAUGGAAAAUAAAGAUGCAAAUAUUGAAAUUAAAUAUAAAUUAUUAAUGACAGCAGCAAAGCAACAUCAAAAAGGUUAUCAAGAUGCUAUGUGUGGUAAAGGAAUAGAUAGACAUCUAUUUUGUUUAUAUGUAGUAUCUAAAUAUUUAGAAGUGGAUUCUCCCUUCUUGAAGGAAGUAUUAAGUGAACCAUGGAAGUUAUCUACUUCACAAACUCCACAUGGUCAAACUUCAUUAAUUAAUUUGAAAAAAUAUCCAAAUUGUAUCUCUGCAGGAGGUGGUUUUGGUCCUGUAGCUGAUGAUGGUUAUGGUGUUUCUUAUAUUAUUGCUGGAGAAGAUCUUAUAUUUUUCCAUAUUUCAUGUAAACGUAGUUCUCCACAAACAAAUGCUGCCAGAUUUGCAAAACAAAUAGAAAAAGCAUUAGCUGAUAUGAAGAUUCUGUUUCUUGAAAGAAAGAAAUUGCAAGAGCAAAAGAAUGGUUCACUAUAAUUAUUUUAGAGCAAAAAAAAAAAAAAACUAUACUACAAUAUAAUUAUAAAAAUUUAUUUUAAUUUUUUUUGAAAUAUUUUAAAAUAAGUGAAUAAAUAAAAAUAUAUCUGUUUUAAAUUUCUAAAUAGAAAAUAGAAAAAAAUAGAAAAAAAUAGAAAAAAUUUUUUAAAUAAUAAGUAAAAUUUAUUCAAAAGAAUAAGUGAUAAAAAUUAAAACUAAAUCUAACAAAUAUUAGAUGAUAAAAAUUAAUUAAAAAUGCAAACUAUUGUGAUUAAUUUUCUUAUAAUAUUUACAUUUUUUUAAAAUAUUAAUCAAAUAUUUUUUAUUUUUUAAUAAUAGUGUGUAUGUGUGUGUAUAUAUAUAUAUAUAUGAUUUAUUGAUAUAUAUAAUAUAUAUAUAUAUAUAUAUAUUAAAUUCAAAAACGCACAAAAUUUAACUACAUCUAUUUUUAUAAUAAAUAUUUAUAAAAAGUAUUUUUAUAUGAAAGAGAAUUAUCAAGUAUGACAAUUAAGAAAUUCUAUUAUUAAAUAUUUAAAAAAAUAUUUAAAGUAUUUUUAUUUCUAUUUUUACUAUUCUCUCAGGUAAAUUUAUAUAAAUAAGAUAUUACUUUAAAAUUUAUUAAAAACGAAAUAAUAAAAUGAAUAAGGCCAAUAAAAAAUCUUUAAAAAAUAAUAAAUAAAUGAUAAAUAAUAAAUAAAUACUAAUAAACAUGAUGUAGUUUACAAUUUUUUAAGCAGACUGUUAAAUAUAUAAUUUAAAUUAAAUUUUUUAUUCGUUAUGUAUGAACAUAGUAUAAACGCAUUAACUAUCACAAGUUUUAAUCUCUUUUAUAUUAUAUCUAUAAAUAUCUUUAACAUUUUAUUUAAGAUAUAUAUGACAUUUAAUUAUUAAAUUUGUAUUAAUUUUAUCAUUAACUUAAACAAUAUUUGUUAUAAUAUCGAUAAAAUGCUUGAUAGUAAAAUCAUUGAAAAAAAUAAAUAUAUUGCAUGUUAUUAAUCUUUAUUAAUAUUAAAAUAUUAAAAUAAUUAAGUUACAAUCUAUAAUAUUAUGUGAUUUUGAAGGCAAUUUUGUAUAAAUUUGAGCAGACUUAAUCAGUAAUUAAUAAUUAGUUUUCAAGAAAAAAUAUUGUAAUUUAUUAAUAAUAAGUUUUAUAUUAAUAAUACAUUAUUUUAAAUAUAAUAUAAUCAUAUUAGUGAUUAGUUUAAAAUGUAUUAAAUAAUAUGCCAUUAUUAUUAUUUGCAACCUAUCAAUGCAAAAUUUUAAUAUUAUAAGUAGUUUUAUAUAUAUAUAUAUUAAUCAUUUUAUUAUAUUAUGUUAAAAUUAUAUUUGAAGGUACUGGUGCUUUUAUAUUAUUUUAUUACUGAAAUUUACAAUUUUAAAAUAUAAGAUUAUAUUAUUUUACUUAAUGUAAAUGAAAGAAACAAAUAUAUGAUAAUAAAAUACAUCUCUUUAAAUUUGUAAAAAUAUAAUAUACCUUAAA